CACAUAAAGUCUGGAUAUAACCCAUCUGAGGAGAGACUUCAAGGGGAGCUCUCUCUGAAGAUCAUGAGUUUAAUAAGCCGCCAUGGUGUAGAUGACAACAGUUCUUUGCGUUUCCGACCCCCAACUUUCAUUGAGUGGCUCAAGCCAUCUCCCUCUUCUUCAUCACUAUCAUCAUCAUCCUCCUGUUCUUCAACUUCUUCUUUUUCUUCUACUUCAUGUUCUUCCUCCGUGACAGCUCCAAAAGGUCAGUUCGUUGAUCAGGAGAUCACCCUUCAAUGUUUGCCUCUUCUGAGCGGGUUUACCGAGACGAAGCCGUUGAAAGAGGAAGAUAUCGGAUUGCAAAAAGAGGGUUUUGGGAUCAAAGAGGAGAAGGUCAAGAAAGUUACUGUCGCCUUGCACAUUGGUUUGCCUAACUCGGGGGAUUCUGAUGCCGAUGAUCAGAAGAAAAUUUUUCAUGUCAAGGAAGAAGAACCCGUGAAGAAAAGCUUCAACGUCGCUUGCUCUUUUAACGCCGAGAGUAGGUUUUGGAUUCCAACUCCAGCACAGAUCCUUGUCGGGCCGAUGCAGUUUGCUUGCUCCAUAUGCAACAAGACAUUCAAUAGGUACAACAACAUGCAGAUGCACAUGUGGGGGCACGGAUCCGAAUUUAGAAAAGGGCCAGAUUCACUUAAAGGAACACAACCAGCUGCCAUGCUGAGGCUACCAUGCUACUGUUGUGCACAAGGUUGCAAGAACAACAUCAAUCAUCCAAGAGCAAAGCCACUGAAAGACUUCAGAACACUCCAAACUCACUACAAAAGGAAGCAUGGAGCAAAGCCAUUUAUGUGCAGAAAAUGUGGGAAAACAUUUGCAGUGAAAGGGGAUUGGAGGACACAUGAAAAGAACUGCGGAAAGCUGUGGUACUGCACUUGUGGUUCAGACUUCAAACACAAGAGAUCGCUUAAAGAUCACAUUAGAUCCUUUGGAAAGGGGCAUUGUCCCCACCCUUUGCUCGAUGGUUUUGAUCAAGAUGAGAAGGAAUGCAUCACCGGUUCUGAGGAUGAUGAUCAACUUGCUCCCUCACCCGCGGCCUUUGGUCAUCCCUCCUUUUAGAAGUUAUCUUCUUCCUGAUCUUUCUGCUUUGUUUAAUGUAGGGUGCAUGCAUGCCGUUUUAGACGUAAAAGCAAGCAACUUUAAAUGCUUAUCUAAGCUUGUGCUCAGUAACAAAACAUUCUCAAAAAAAUUGCCGAUCGAUCUCAGGCACAGAGGGAACGGUUUGUUACGGAGCAUUUGCUGGGCGAUGGGCCUCUAGCUAUUUAUAUCUGUAUCUGUAUUUCGAGACAGUUUGCUGAUGAGUGGCGUAUGUUAAUAAGUUGAUUACCUCGAGUACUGUCGACGAUCGAAGUAGAUGAGUUUUCUUCUCUUAGCAACACAAAUUAAGUUGGGAUCCUCCGAGUGUUCAUGAUCAUGAUGAUGAGGGUUUUGUCAUAUCUUGAUCUAAAGGGAAAUUAAUUUGUCUGCUUCAUUGCUUGCUACAAGUGGUAAUCCUUACAAAAGGAUUUUCGUUGUUGUUUUUGUCA